GUUUUUUAUUUUUAUUUUGGAGCUCCCUUGUGUUUUCACCAACAGCAAACCCUAGCUCAACAAAAUAGAGAUGGACAUGCAAAAUGAUUUUGAUCGAAUACUCUUCUUCGAGCACGCACGCAAAACUUCCGAGGCUACUUACGCUAAGGAUCCUCUCGAUGCCGAUAAUUUAACAAGAUGGGGAGGUGCUUUGCUGGAGCUAGCUCAGUUUCAGAAUGUUCCCGAUUCGAAGAAGAUGAUAUUAGAUGGAAUAACAAAGCUGGAGGAAGCAUUGUUGAUUGAUCCUAAGAGACAUGAUACUCUUUGGUGCAUUGGAAAUGCUCAUACUUCUUUUGCGUUCCUAACUCCUGAUUUAGAUGAGGCCAAGGAGUAUUUUGAAAAAGCAACUGUUAACUUUCUGCUAGCUGUUGAAGAGGAUCCAGAUAAUGAACUCUAUCGCAAGUCUUUAGAGUUGGCUUCAAAGGCUCCUGAAUUACAUACAGAGAUUCAUAAGCAUGGUGGUUUAGGCCAACAGGCAGUUGGGGCUGCACCUGCUUCUGGACCUUCAACUUCAUCAAGUACUAAGACCUCUAAAAAGAAGAAAGACAGUGAUCUCAAGUAUGAAAUAUUUGGUUGGGUAAUUUUAGCUGUCGGCAUUGUUACUUGGAUUGGGUUUGCAAAGUCUCAGAUGCCUCCAGCUCCUACUCAAAGAUAAGCAAAUAAUGAAGUUUACUUCUCCGGAACGGGAGUAUCACAUAAAUUCUCAAAGCUCGGAAAGACCCAUCGGAUUAGAGUUUGAGACAAACUUGCGCGGAGAGCAUUGAGAAGGACUUUUGGUGGUCUUUCAUCAAUAGUUGUUUUUGGACUUCAACAAUGUUUUCUGUAUAAAUGAUUAUUAAGUUGUAGGGAUUAUAUUGGUAUUAAGUAUUAAAUUUUUGUCAUGCAGCAGGAUGAAGGGGCCGUUCAUUUUUGAUACUGUAUCAUGUCAUAGUAAGUGCUAUUGGCUUCUGAUUCUCCCUUA